CGCCCCCCCCGCCGCCUCUUCGGCCCGCGCCUCGGCCUCGCCGCGCGCCCGCCGCCGUCCUCCAGCAGAGGCCCGGGGGGUUAGGGCGGCCUGAGCAGCCUGCCUGACUUGAGUCCGGGCAGCAGCCGCUUUUGCGUGAGGCGCGUUCCCGGGCGCCAGAGGCUCCAGAGUGCGGUGAGGUGGAGCGGGCCGGUACUGUCCUGCUUUUGUGUUCCUAACAUUCCCACUCCCGCCGCCCCUGCUGACGCGAAGGCAGCUGAGGCGGAGCGGCUCUUGCAGCGCUGCUCGCGGAUUAACCAGACUGACUGAAUGGUGUAAGGGUAAACAGGGUACGUUUUAUUCAGAUGCUUCUGGAACGUCGAAAUUCUCUUCUUUGGAAAGAACCCUCCCCUCUCUGGGCUUCAGGGGCCCAGACUGAGGCGCAAUGAUGAGAGGAUGUGGUGGUCCACUCUGAUGUCAAUCUUGAGGGCUAGGACCAGACUUAUAAUGUGGCUUCCUUGAGGACAGUUUCGGACACUACGGUGUGAAGUUCCCUCAGGCACUUAACUCUGGAGAGACCUGAAUGGCUGACUAGAGCAAAGAAGCAUAGUGUUCAGAUAAGGCCUUCAUGUCUUCCCCUUAUCUCACAACUGGAGCCACAAUUCUGGUCAAGGCACUGACUUUCUUGAUGAAGUCUGUCCAUCUAUAAAGCAGCCAAAUAUCCUACUGGUGUCUUUGCCUCCCAGAGGUGACAUGAAGACGGAUAAGCAGACAUCAGGAGCAGAGUGGCCUCUCAGUUCUGGAGGCUGUAAGUCCGAGAUCAAGGUGUCUGCAGGGUUGGUCUCUUCUGAGGCUUCUCUCUUUGGCUUGUAGAUGCCCAUCUCCAGCAUAAGAGCCACAGUCCUGUUCUUUUUGGAGGUGGAUAUCUGCUCAGACAGUAAGAAUUAUAAGAGCUCUGAGAGCUCAUUUUGAAGGAAUAAUGGAUGAACCAUCCCCCUUGGCCAAACCUCUGGAGCUGAACCAGCACUCCCGAUUCAUAAUUGGUUCUGUGUCUGAAGAUAACUCAGAGGAUGAAAUUAGCAACCUGGUGAAGCUGGAUCUGCUGGAGGAGAAGGAGGGCUCUCUAUCACCAGCUUCUGUUGGCUCAGAUACACUCUCUGAUUUGGGGAUCUCCAGCCUACAGGAUGGCUUGGCCUUACACAUAAGGUCCAGCAUGUCUGGCUUGCAUCUAGUAAAGCAAGGUCGAGACCGAAAGAAAAUAGACUCUCAGCGAGAUUUCACUGUAGCUUCUCCAGCAGAAUUUGUUACUCGUUUUGGGGGGAAUAAAGUGAUUGAGAAGGUGCUUAUCGCCAACAAUGGCAUUGCAGCAGUGAAAUGCAUGCGGUCUAUCCGUCGAUGGUCUUACGAGAUGUUUCGAAAUGAACGUGCAAUCCGAUUUGUUGUUAUGGUAACACCUGAAGACCUGAAAGCCAAUGCAGAAUACAUUAAGAUGGCAGAUCACUAUGUGCCAGUGCCAGGAGGACCAAACAACAACAACUAUGCAAAUGUGGAAUUAAUUCUUGAUAUUGCAAAAAGGAUUCCAGUACAAGCAGUGUGGGCUGGCUGGGGUCAUGCUUCUGAGAAUCCCAAACUCCCAGAACUUCUUUUGAAAAAUGGCAUCGCCUUCAUGGGUCCUCCAAGCCAGGCCAUGUGGGCUUUGGGGGAUAAGAUUGCAUCUUCCAUAGUGGCUCAAACUGCAGGUAUCCCAACUCUUCCCUGGAGUGGCAGUGGUCUUCAUGUGGACUGGCAUGAAAAUGAUUUUUCAAAACGUAUCUUAAAUGUUCCCCAGGAAUUAUAUGAAAAAGGUUAUGUGAAGGAUGUGGAUGAUGGGCUGAAGGCAGCGGAGGAAGUUGGAUAUCCAGUAAUGAUCAAGGCCUCAGAAGGAGGAGGAGGGAAAGGAAUCAGAAAAGUCAACAAUGCAGAUGACUUUCCUAACCUUUUCAGACAGGUUCAAGCUGAAGUCCCUGGAUCUCCUAUAUUUGUGAUGAGACUAGCCAAACAAUCUCGUCAUCUGGAGGUACAGAUCUUAGCAGAUCAAUAUGGCAAUGCUAUCUCUCUCUUUGGUCGUGACUGCUCUGUACAGCGCAGGCAUCAGAAGAUUAUUGAGGAAGCACCUGCUGCUAUCGCUACUCCAGCAGUAUUUGAACAUAUGGAACAGUGUGCGGUGAAACUUGCCAAAAUGGUUGGUUAUGUGAGUGCUGGGACUGUGGAAUACCUCUACAGCCAGGAUGGAAGCUUCUACUUUCUGGAACUGAAUCCUCGGCUGCAGGUGGAACACCCUUGUACAGAGAUGGUGGCUGAUGUCAACCUCCCCGCAGCACAACUCCAGAUUGCCAUGGGGAUCCCUCUAUACAGAAUCAAGGAUAUUCGUAUGAUGUAUGGGGUAUCUCCUUGGGGCGAUGCUCCCAUUGAUUUUGAAAAUUCUGCUCAUGUUCCUUGUCCAAGGGGCCAUGUUAUUGCUGCUCGGAUCACCAGUGAAAAUCCAGAUGAGGGUUUUAAGCCCAGCUCAGGAACAGUUCAGGAACUGAAUUUCCGUAGCAAUAAGAACGUUUGGGGUUAUUUUAGUGUUGCUGCUGCAGGGGGCCUUCAUGAAUUUGCUGAUUCUCAGUUUGGUCACUGCUUCUCCUGGGGAGAAAACAGAGAGGAAGCAAUUUCAAACAUGGUGGUGGCUUUGAAGGAGCUAUCUAUUCGGGGUGACUUUCGAACUACAGUUGAAUACCUCAUCAAAUUGUUGGAGACUGAAAGCUUUCAGUUGAAUAGAAUUGACACUGGCUGGCUGGACAGACUGAUAGCAGAGAAAGUACAGGCAGAGCGACCUGACACCAUGUUGGGAGUUGUAUGUGGGGCUCUCCACGUGGCAGAUGUCAGCCUACGGAAUAGCAUCUCUAACUUCCUUCACUCCUUAGAAAGGGGUCAAGUCCUUCCUGCGCAUACACUUCUGAAUACAGUAGAUGUUGAACUUAUCUAUGGGGGAGUCAAAUAUGUACUUAAGGUGACUCGGCAGUCCCCCAACUCCUAUGUGGUGAUCAUGAAUGGUUCAUGCGUAGAAGUAGAUGUGCAUCGGUUGAGCGAUGGCGGGCUGCUCCUAUCCUAUGAUGGCAGCAGUUACACCACCUACAUGAAGGAGGAAGUGGAUAGAUAUCGCAUCACAAUCGGCAAUAAGACCUGUGUGUUUGAGAAGGAAAAUGACCCUUCGGUGUUGCGCUCACCUUCUGCUGGGAAGUUAAUCCAGUACAUUGUGGAGGAUGGAGGCCAUGUGUUUGCUGGCCAGUGCUAUGCUGAGAUUGAGGUGAUGAAGAUGGUAAUGACCUUAACAGCUGCGGAGUCUGGCUGUAUCCAUUAUGUCAAACGGCCUGGAGCAGCUCUUGACCCUGGCUGUGUAAUAGCCAAAAUGCAGUUGGACAACCCCAGCAAGGUCCAACAGGCUGAGCUUCACACGGGUAGUCUGCCACGGAUCCAGAGCACAGCACUCAGAGGCGAGAAGCUCCAUCGAGUGUUCCACUAUGUCCUGGAUAAUCUGGUCAACGUAAUGAAUGGAUACUGCCUUCCAGAUCCUUUUUUUAGCAGCAGGGUAAAAGACUGGGUAGAGCGGUUGAUGAAGACCCUCAGAGAUCCUUCCUUGCCUCUCCUAGAAUUGCAAGAUAUCAUGACCAGUGUCUCUGGCCGUGUUCCCCCCAAUGUGGAGAAGUCUAUCAAGAAGGAAAUGGCUCAGUACGCUAGCAACAUCACAUCAGUCCUCUGUCAGUUUCCCAGCCAGCAGAUUGCCAACAUCCUAGAUAGCCAUGCCGCUACAUUGAACCGGAAAUCUGAGCGGGAAGUCUUCUUCAUGAACACUCAGAGCAUUGUCCAGCUGGUUCAGAGGUACCGAAGUGGCAUCCGAGGCCACAUGAAGGCUGUGGUGAUGGAUCUGCUGCGGCAGUACCUGCGAGUGGAGACCCAGUUCCAGAAUGGUCACUAUGACAAAUGUGUGUUCGCCCUUCGAGAAGAGAACAAGAGUGACAUGAACACUGUACUGAACUAUAUCUUCUCUCACGCUCAAGUCACCAAGAAGAAUCUUCUGGUCACAAUGCUUAUUGACCAACUGUGCGGACGGGACCCUACUCUCACUGAUGAGCUGCUGAAUAUCCUCACAGAGCUAACUCAACUUAGUAAGACCACCAAUGCCAAAGUGGCACUUCGAGCACGCCAGGUUCUUAUUGCCUCCCAUUUGCCAUCAUACGAGCUUCGCCAUAACCAAGUAGAGUCCAUCUUCCUUUCAGCAAUUGACAUGUACGGACAUCAGUUUUGCAUUGAGAACCUGCAGAAACUCAUCUUGUCUGAAACAUCUAUUUUUGACGUCCUCCCAAACUUCUUCUAUCACAGCAACCAGGUAGUGAGGAUGGCAGCUCUGGAGGUUUAUGUUCGAAGGGCUUAUAUUGCCUAUGAACUUAACAGUGUACAACAUCGCCAGCUUAAGGACAACACCUGUGUGGUGGAAUUCCAGUUCAUGCUGCCCACAUCUCAUCCAAACAGAGGGAACAUCCCCACGCUAAACAGAAUGUCCUUCUCCUCCAACCUCAACCACUAUGGCAUGACUCACGUAGCUAGUGUCAGCGAUGUGCUGUUGGACAACUCAUUCACUCCACCAUGUCAGCGGAUGGGAGGAAUGGUCUCUUUUCGGACUUUCGAAGAUUUUGUCAGGAUCUUUGAUGAAGUGAUGGGCUGCUUCUGCGAUUCCCCACCCCAAAGCCCCACGUUCCCUGAGGCCGGUCACACGUCUCUGUACGAUGAAGACAAGGUCCCCAGGGAUGAACCAAUUCACAUUCUGAAUGUGGCUAUCAAGACUGACUGUGAUAUUGAGGAUGACGGACUGGCAGCUAUGUUCAGAGAGUUUACCCAACAAAAUAAAGCUACCCUGGUUGAGCAUGGGAUACGGCGCCUUACUUUCCUGGUUGCACAAAAGGAUUUCAGAAAACAGGUCAACUGUGAGGUGGAUCAGAGAUUUCAUAGAGAAUUUCCUAAAUUUUUCACCUUCCGAGCAAGGGAUAAGUUUGAGGAGGAUCGUAUCUAUCGUCACCUGGAGCCUGCCCUAGCUUUCCAGUUAGAGCUGAACCGGAUGAGAAAUUUUGACCUUACUGCCAUUCCAUGUGCUAAUCAUAAGAUGCACCUGUAUCUUGGGGCAGCCAAGGUGGAAGUGGGCACGGAAGUGACAGACUACAGGUUCUUCGUUCGUGCAAUCAUCAGACAUUCUGAUCUAGUCACCAAGGAAGCUUCUUUUGAAUAUCUACAAAAUGAAGGGGAGAGGCUGCUCCUAGAAGCCAUGGAUGAGUUGGAAGUCGCUUUUAACAAUACAAAUGUUCGCACUGACUGCAACCACAUCUUCCUCAACUUUGUGCCCACGGUCAUCAUGGACCCAUCAAAGAUUGAGGAAUCUGUGCGGAGCAUGGUAAUGCGCUAUGGAAGUCGGCUGUGGAAAUUACGUGUCCUCCAGGCAGAACUGAAAAUCAACAUUCGCCUGACACCAACUGGAAAAGCAAUUCCCAUCCGCCUCUUCCUGACAAACGAGUCUGGCUAUUACUUGGACAUCAGCUUGUACAAGGAAGUGACUGACUCCAGGACAGCACAGAUCAUGUUUCAGGCAUAUGGAGACAAACAGGGACCACUGCAUGGAAUGUUAAUCAACACUCCGUAUGUCACCAAAGACCUGCUUCAAUCAAAGAGAUUCCAGGCACAAUCCUUGGGGACAACCUACAUAUAUGAUAUCCCAGAGAUGUUUCGGCAGUCUCUGAUCAAACUCUGGGAGUCUAUGUCCACUCAAGCAUUCCUUCCAUCACCCCCCCUGCCUUCUGACAUGCUGACAUAUACGGAGCUCGUGUUGGAUGAUCAAGGUCAGCUGGUCCACAUGAAUAGGCUUCCAGGAGGAAAUGAGAUUGGCAUGGUAGCUUGGAAAAUGACCCUUAAAAGUCCUGAAUACCCAGAAGGCCGAGAUAUCAUUGUUAUUGGCAAUGACAUCACAUACCGAAUUGGGUCCUUUGGGCCCCAGGAGGAUUUGCUGUUUCUCAGAGCUUCUGAGCUUGCCAGGGCAGAGGGUAUCCCACGCAUCUUUGUAGCAGCCAACAGUGGAGCAAGAAUUGGACUGGCAGAGGAAAUUCGUCAUAUGUUUCACGUGGCCUGGGUAGAUCCUGAGGAUCCUUACAAGGGAUACAAAUAUUUAUAUCUGACCCCUCAGGAUUAUAAGAGAGUCAGUGCUCUCAACUCUGUCCAUUGUGAACAUGUAGAGGACGAAGGAGAAUCCAGGUACAAGAUAACUGAUAUUAUUGGAAAGGAAGAGGGACUUGGAGCAGAGAACCUUCGAGGCUCUGGAAUGAUUGCUGGCGAAUCCUCAUUGGCCUAUGAUGAGAUCAUCACCAUCAGCCUGGUUACAUGCCGGGCCAUUGGGAUUGGGGCUUACCUUGUCCGGCUGGGACAGAGAACCAUCCAGGUUGAAAAUUCUCACUUAAUUCUGACCGGAGCUGGGGCCCUCAAUAAAGUCCUUGGGCGGGAGGUAUAUACCUCCAAUAACCAGCUUGGGGGCAUCCAGAUCAUGCACAACAAUGGGGUGACCCACAGCAUCGUUUGCGAUGACUUUGAAGGGGUUUUCACUGUCCUGCACUGGCUGUCUUACAUGCCUAAGAAUGUGCGCAGUUCAGUUCCUCUCCUGAACUCCAAGGAUCCUAUAGAUAGAAUCAUCGAGUUUGUUCCCACGAAGGCCCCAUAUGAUCCUCGAUGGAUGCUAGCUGGCCGACCUCACCCAACCCAGAAAGGUCAGUGGUUGAGUGGAUUUUUUGACUAUGGAUCUUUCUCAGAGAUCAUGCAACCUUGGGCACAGACUGUGGUGGUUGGCAGAGCCAGGCUAGGAGGAAUACCUGUGGGGGUAGUUGCCGUAGAAACCCGAACAGUGGAACUAAGUAUCCCAGCCGAUCCUGCAAACCUGGAUUCUGAAGCCAAGAUAAUCCAGCAGGCUGGCCAGGUUUGGUUCCCAGACUCUGCGUUUAAGACCUAUCAGGCUAUCAAGGACUUCAACCGUGAAGGGCUGCCUCUGAUGGUCUUUGCGAAUUGGAGAGGCUUCUCUGGUGGGAUGAAAGAUAUGUACGACCAAGUGCUGAAGUUCGGUGCUUACAUCGUGGAUAGCUUACGGGAGUGCUCCCAGCCAGUGCUGGUAUACAUUCCUCCUCAGGCUGAGCUCCGGGGGGGCUCCUGGGUUGUGAUCGAUCCCACCAUCAACCCCCGACACAUGGAGAUGUACGCUGACCGAGAGAGCAGGGGAUCAGUUCUGGAGCCAGAGGGGACAGUAGAAAUCAAAUUCCGCAGAAAGGAUCUGGUGAAAACCAUGCGUCGGGUGGACCCCGUCUACAUUCGCUUGGCUGAACGAUUGGGCACCCCAGAGCUAAGCCCAGCUGAGCGGAAGGAGCUGGAGAACAAGUUGAAGGAGCGGGAGGAGUUCCUAAUUCCCAUUUACCAUCAGGUAGCCGUGCAGUUUGCUGACUUGCACGACACACCAGGCCGGAUGCAGGAGAAGGGUGUUAUUAACGACAUCCUGGACUGGAGGACAGCCCGCACUUUCUUCUACUGGAGGCUGCGGCGUCUCCUGCUGGAGGACCUGGUCAAAAAGAAAAUCCACAACGCCAACCCAGAGCUGACUGACGGCCAGAUCCAGGCCAUGUUACGGCGCUGGUUUGUAGAAGUGGAAGGGACCGUGAAGGCCUACGUUUGGGACAAUAACAAGGAUCUGGUGGAGUGGCUGGAGAAACAGCUGACCGAGGAAGAUGGCGUUCGCUCAGUAAUCGAGGAAAACAUCAAAUAUAUCAGCAGAGACUAUGUUCUCAAGCAGAUCCGCAGCUUGGUACAGGCCAAUCCCGAGGUUGCCAUGGACUCCAUCGUCCACAUGACUCAGCACAUCUCACCCACACAGCGAGCAGAGGUCGUGCGGAUCCUCUCCACGAUGGACUCCCCUUCAACGUAGGAAGAGCUUCCUGCCCGUCCCCGCCCUGCCUCUGGAGAAAAGCUGCCUCUUACCGCCGAAGGCACCAGAGACCCAGCCCUGGAAUCCAAGUGGCAUUUUGCUUCCCCUUGAACGUUUUCAGGUUAUGCAUGACAUACUGGGAUAUAGGGUCACAGAGCCCCCAGCGGUCACACCCAUCCCAUUCAGUAUUUAUUACCUUGUCUGUGACUACAGCUCUCUGUCCCUGCCAGGACCUGAGAAGGCAAUGAAGGGUACAAGCUGUACCAUGAGGUCUCACUACACAAAAGCAGGGCCGCUGCUGGCCUGACAGCUCCUUGGUCCCAGUGCAGGGAAAUGGGAGGUGUUUCCGGGCAGUCAGCAGCCCUCCCUCACCCCUGGCCCCAUGAGCCUGCAGCCACAGGCAGCAGAGGAGGGCUCGGGCGAGGAGGAAGCCUCAAGUCCGUUGUUUUUUUUACCUCCACCUUCAACCUGGUACGCACUAGGUACAGGAGAGUUCCCAAUUUAAUCACACCAAGGGAACUGUUUCUUCUUCAUGGAGUGUGAAAUCUGCAAGCUCCGUGGGAACUCAAAGAUGAGGGCAAAACCAUGAUCCAAGAAGCAGACCAAGUCAAUGCUGGUGAUUUAGGGGCCUAAACUGUGGGUUUGAUUCUCUUAGAACAAAUGGAAGGAUGGUUGACCCACUACUACCUUACGUGUCCCUGCUCACCCAGCUGGUGCACCUGCUGGGAGCCACAUAGGCAGUGCAGUAGCCUGAGCAGGGGCCAAAAAGGAGCCUGGGGGAAUGGCCCCUUCUGGCGCUGAUGGCAAGUAGUUACUCAUGCCACAGGGAGGGGGGCCGGAUAGUCUCUCUCUUUUAGGACUUACUAUUAAGCCUGGAGCUUUGAUAGUUAUAAAAGGUUACUAGUGCCUACGGAGUCUCUCAGCUCUAUUUCCAGGGCAACUCUCCUACUCCCUCUGGGUCUCAUCUCCUCCUGGAGUGUCCACAAGCAGCAGGUACAGCUGGUCUCCCCACAGCUGUUGAAAGGACCCUGGUGAAGUCUCUGCUGUCAGCACCGGGAACUGGCCUUCCCCGGUGUGAGCAGGCUUCCAGGGAACAGAGAAUCCACAUGACCUUAAGAUUAUCUACAACUCCAUCGUGGUGCUCUGUCUUCCAGGCUCACUGGUCCCUCCCUGGCCGGCAGCAGGGGCCUCCUCACCAGUGGUGGAGAUAGUUUAUUUUCAACAACCCAUUUAUUCAAGAAGGAAAGAGUUUACGGAUUCCCCCAUUGGUGUUCCUAAAGCAAGAGUGGCAGGUGAUCAGGGCUGGUAUAGCAUCUAGUUAUUACGGUGCAGCUAAUUGCAUUUGUCCCUGAUGACCAACGGGGAAAUAAAUCACUAAGACAUUUUAGUGCAAUGGUAUGAAUACUUUUGUACAAGCUACAGUUUUGAGCCUUAACGCUAGAGUACGCACACAAGAAUGAGCCCCGCCUCCCUUCUUUGGGAACCGUGUGUGCACACGGGCACCAUGUAGCUGGAUGCAUCACUGACCGCCCGCUGGAGCUCGGAGCCUCGGCCAUGCUGCCCUGGUGCAAGGUGCGGGCAUUCAGCACCAUCAAAGAGGGCAGGAAGAGGUGGGGAACAAUGUUCAGUCCAGAAAGAAGCAUCCACUACCAUUGGUAUCGGCUUAAGUAAAAAUUGGAUUCGUCUUGGACCAGGUGAUUCUUUUCCGUAAUUAGUAAAAGUCCACAUACCUGUAGGUGGUACAAACCCCUCUACUCGCCCUGGUAUUUCUUCAGAGGCAGGGCGGGUCACACUUGUUUCACCUCUCCCCCUUCGCCAGAUUAUGACACACUAAGUGAAUACGGUUCCUCUCGAGAAGUCUGUUCGGCCUACUCCCCCCAACCCCCAGAGCGCUUCACUGCAGGUCUUCCCCCGGACAGGGAUUUUUCAUACAGAGAAGCCAGGAAGAGCCAUAGAACAUGAGCAAUCUGAUAUUCCCCCAGCCCAUUACAUACGCAAGGUUACUGAGCUAGGAGGAGUAUAAAUGAUGUAUUGACCAAGACUUGCUUGAGCAGAGAUUGCCAUAUUCACUUCGUUCACAAAGCAGCCUUCACUUGUCUCAUUGAGAAUUCGAUGGACACAUACCCUGAUGAGCAAGGAGCAUCAGUCAAAUGUAUUUGUUGAAAUAAACCUCCACAUUUGUAGAAGAGUCACUGUUUGUCAUUUCAACCCGUGCCCAGCUACCUCAUUCGUGUUCCACUGAGCAGGGGGCUUUCAGCAGAGGUAGGGUGAGCCUCUGUCCGUUACAGGGACAGAACAGCAUGCAUGCAUUGCUUCUGCAAAGUGACAUCGUUCAGAGACUUGGGGGUUUUUCAGAUAACACAUACCCUUGAUGGCCUGGGCAGUUUCAGGGGUGUUCUUAAAAGGAACCUCUUGGUUUGCAUGAUUUUGUGAGAUUUUCUGGGUCAAAUGAAUAGUGAACCAUUUUCAGAGCUCACCUCAGGCCAGCUUUAUGGAAAGGUUAUGGAUUCUCUUAAUUUAGCUGCUUAGUGGAUUUUGUUUGGGCACAAAAAGGCACUAGGGGCAGGAAUCUCAUGCUUGUGUGCCUUCAACCCUCUGCCUCAGUUUCUCUCUGUAAAUCCAUGUGGUUGAAGCAAAGAGCAAACACCAAUCCCUAAACAUUUGCAAAGAAAGGUAGAAGCCACAAGACAAUAGGGAAGGGAAGCACCGGCCUUUGCUGAUAAUUAAGCUUGGUAUGCUGUGUGUCUGUCUCUGGGAUGUUUAGCAAAGCAGAGGGUGUUUUUUUUCCCUAAAAUAAAAUGUUUUGUUUUAAAUGUUUUUAUAUAUAUUUAUUUUAUAUGUCUAUACAAUAUAUUGUAAAUAUAUAUCCACUUGAAUCACCUUAAGGUAGAUAUUCUUAGAAAGAGUAAUAAGAAGGGAGAUGUGAGGGAAAAUUACUACUCUUUGCCACCAGCUGCCGCACUCCAUGGGCAGGGAGUCCUGUUCGGCAUAGAGGCCUUGGACCUUCUUCCCUCCUCCCUAAGCAGGCAGAUGAGAAGCAGACCCCAAAAUGUGAACUUACUUAAAGCUGUCCCUGCUCUCAGCCCACACCUGGUGGUGGUGCUGGGGAAGGUCAGCAAGACGAAUGGGAAAAGAUUCUGCUCCUGCCUCCGGGAACUUUCCUUACACAUACAGUGCUUUCUUCUGUUGGGGAGUGAUAUUUAUUUCAUUGGUCUUUUUAAUAAAAGAAAACUUAAAACCUUCACUAGUAUUACCGGGAUAAUAAGAAAAGCUAGAACAGCAGGGAUUCCGAGAUCUAGUCCCAGGCCCACCGACAUUUCCCCAACUGAAAAACAAGGACACGGUGAUGAAUACAAGUGCCUAAUUACCAUCACAGGGAGGACCCCUUCUGUGCUCCUUCCAAUGUGCAAGUCUUGGCGAGAAGCCUAGAGAGGAACUGGGCUGGGAGGUGAACUCAAAUGCUGGCUCCUUGGCUGAGAACUGCAAGGCCAAAAGCUGAGCCCACCUGAUCCAUACAGUGAGGCAGAAAGUGGUAAGGGCCACGUGAGUGGUGCAGACAAUUAAGGGCCAAAGCCUCCUGGCAAAGAGCAAUUUCCAGAUAGGAAAGGAAGGCAAGGUGUCUCAAGUCAGAGCACUGACAUUUGCAAAGUUCUCAAGGGACACUAGGAACUUUGGAGAGAACACAAAAAGUGCUGUGGGGUGGGAUGGACGAUGAAAUCUGGAAAAAAGCAAGCAGGUAACGGAUCAUGGAUCCUUUUAAGUGAUAGGCCCAGGAAGAAGAUACAUCCUGGAGAGAGUGGGAAACCUUUGGUGGUUUGGGGGCAUGGGAAGACUGGGUACAAAAGUUUAGAAAGCAGCCUGAGGGAAAAGACCACCGGGGUGUGUGCCAAGAAAUCCAGCUUCAAGCCCAGCUCCAUGUGUGUGUCAGUGAGUUGGGGUCACCUAGGAUAGUCAGCCCAGGCCACCCCAGGAGGCCUAGAGAUAAUAAGCAACUGUCAGCUAUUUUCAAUACUCCAGAAAUCCUGUGUGUGCCUCAGGCAGGCAGCUAAGGCUCACCAUGCCACUGUCUUUCUGAUGAUAGUUUUGCCAACCCAAGUAGUGCUGGCCAGAAGUUCCAGUUCAUGAUGAUAAAUAAUGGGAACAGGACAUCUUCAUAAAUGCAGUGUUUGAGUAGGCAAAAUCAAAAACAAGAUUCCCUGAGGUUGCAGGGGGCAAGGAGGGUGGGUCGGGAGAGGAUAAUUGUGUCUCAGCUCUGAGAGGACCUGGAACCAGCCAGUGGGCUCUGCCCAUUGGGCACCUUAUGGAGGAAAUAGACUGGAGCUCAGAGAUGGCUGAAUGAUGGGCCUAAUCCCAAACAUUCUUAUCUACAACUGGUCGGAGUGAGCAAGAAGGAUUGGGGGUGAGGACAGAAAGGACUAAGGACAUCCAGACCCUAACUUGGGAAAAAGCUAACAGAACACUCUUGUCCAUGUGAACACAGGUGGGUAUUUUCAGAGCCAUUUAAA